AUGGAGACAAACAAAGAAAAUUCAAGAAAAAGAAAUGUAGAUUUGGUAGAAGAAACCGAAAAUAGUUUGGAAUCAGAAAAAGAAUAUGAAGAAUAUGCAACCAAUAGAGCAGAAAAAAGUCACAAGCAUUAUGAAGCUACUUGUUAUUAUUAUAUUUCUAAAAAAUCUUAG